CGCGGACUUGUACUAAAAUAAACCUGACGAUAACUGGCAGCAAGUAACGUUCUUUAUACAGUAAAAUCAUCAUAUAAAUUUGUAACCACAACAUCAAACACGGAAACUGAGUUUGUUCGUGACUCGGUCUUAAAACGGAGACUACCCGUUCGUCAACCAUCGCAGAUUGUAGUUUGACUGGAUUAUCCGUAUAAAAGAUGAGUGGCGAGUCAGAUGCCAACAAAGAGUUUGUGGAGCAGCUGCGGCUACAGGAACUUUAUGGCCGGAGAACCGAGGAUGGCUCCGACCCGUACACCUACACUGACCCAGAGGAUGGGACUGUUUACGACUGGGACCAUGACAAAAAGGCGUGGUUCCCUAAAAUAACAGAAGACUUCAUUGCAGCCUACCAGGCUAACUAUGGCUUCAGUAAGGAGGGAGACCCACAGGAGAGCAACGCUGCAGUGAACAGCCCUGACCCAGCAGCCCCCAUAAUGAAAGUCAAGCCUGCAGAAGAGCGGAAGCCAGAAGACACUAACAAGAACCCCGACACAGAGAAGCAGGAGACCCCAGCUAAGGACAAACAAAAAGGGGAGAAGAGAAAAGCAGAGCCAGGAUGGUUUGAAAUUGAUGACACCAAAAACACAAAUGUCUACGUGUCAGGACUGCCCCCUGACAUCAGCACUGAAGAGUUUGCAGAAACAAUGGCAAAGUGUGGCAUUGUGAUGAGGGACCCCAUCACCGAAGAGUACAAAGUCAAACUCUACAAAGACAAAGACGGGAAUCUAAAGGGAGAUGGUCUCUGCUGCUAUCUCAAGAAAGAGUCAGUGGCGCUGGCCAUGCGACUGCUUGACGAGUCAGAGGUCAGAGGUUACAGGCUCCAUGUUGAAGCUGCACGGUUUGAGCUCAAGGGCCAGUACGAUGCCAGCAAGAAGAAAAAGAAAAAUAAAGAAUAUAAGAAGAAGCUGCAGCAACAGAAACAGCUUGACUGGAGGCCAGAGAAGCAAGGGGACGCAAGGAAGAGGCAUGAAAAAGUUGUCAUCAUCAGGAACAUGUUCCACCCCAGUGACUUUGAGGAAGACCCACUGGUGCUGAAUGAGUACCGUGACGAUCUCCGAAUAGAGUGUGAGAGUGGGGAGGUCAAGAAGGUCAUUCUGUUUGAUAGACACCCAGAUGGUGUGGCAUCAGUGGCUUUCAAGGAGGCUGAACAAGCAGAUGCCUGUAUUCAGUCGUUCAGUGGUCGCUGGUUUGGAGGAAGACAGUUAUCUGCUCAGCUCUGGGAUGGAACAACAGACUAUCAGGUGGAAGAGACCACACGCGAGCGAGAAGAAAGACUGAAAGGCUGGUCGUCCUUCUUGGAUGGAGACAAUGCAGCCCAGCAGAACAACAACAACAACAGCAGCAGUAGCAGCACCACCACCACCACCACCACCACCACCACACCAGCAGAGGGCAACACUGCCACAAAACCUACAGAGCUUUCCAGCACCACAAAACAGAAGCACAGCCCUCACAGGAAGAGGAAGUGGACUCCACAGACAGCAGUCUGGCAGGAAGUGAUGAGGAGGAAGCCUAGAUUCUCACAUUCAUAUCUGAUGACAGCCAACGAGGACACAUGUGCUUGUUAAUGAACUGCUGCAAGGUCGUGCGUUGAGCAGGAGACGAGAAAGAAUUUGGACAGUCUGAGCUACUUUGACAAUAUAGAAAAUAAAAUAAUAAUUUUGUGAAUCUC